AUGAAUUCCUAUCUGCUCAACAGAGCCCUCGGGUCUGUCACUCCGAAUGCAUUCCAUGUCGCCCAAACCUCUCGGCUAGUUCACCAUCUCGAGCCUGCGCCGGGGAUUCGCUUCUCCAGCCGCAGGGCGGCACCGACCCGAUCCCAUAAUGACGCGACAGCAUUGGAUCAGGAGCUCGAUCCUAUAGCGGAGGUCUUUGCACACAAAUCUGGUGUCAAGUGCCUUGCAAUCGAUCAAUUCGAAGGUCGAUAUAUGAUCUCCGGAGGCGCAGACCCAUCCAUUCAUCUCUGGGACCUCGAAAGCAGAGGCUCAGAACUCGAACAUGUCCAUCGAUCCUGCGCGACAGUUCGCAAAUCCUCACAUGCCGAUGCGCAUACACACGCCAUCACAUCUCUCUCGAUCUACCCGUUUGACCCUGUCCCGUCGACCAUAUUCUCGACUUCUCACGAUGGCACCUUGAAGCUCUCUGCGUUGCAAUCUCCCGCAAUUACACCGGUCCACACCUUCAAUCUCGAUUGCACACCAUAUGCGCACUCGUUUUCUUCCCAGCCCGGGUCAACUCUACUUGUCGCAGUCGCCACAUCCGAGCAAUCGGUUCGGCUCGUGGAUUUACGAUCAGGACUCUCCACACAGGGCUUGCCAGGGCAUAAUGAUGCUGUGCUUUCAGUCGCCUGGGCACCACACCGACCAUAUCUGCUCGCGUCGGGUUCAGUCGACAACCGGGUAAUCAUCUUCGAUGUACGGCGUGGUGGACACAACGCGGCUAUAGCCACACUGGACAUGGAUGACCCAGUCGGGCUCGUGGAUCCAAACUCCGGAUCUACACCAGAGUCAUACACAAGCCGUCCAGCGUUUUCCCGUCAUGCCCGUGCACAUAACGGUGCCGUAACUGGAGUGCGAUGGACGUCGAGUGGCAGUCACAUAGUGACCACGGGACAGGAUUCACGCAUCAGGGUCUGGGAUGCAGCGACGGGUGCAAACACCUUGGUUCAUUUCGGACCCCGAGUACGCAACAGUGCUACGUCCCACCUAGCGGAGCGGGCUCCUCUACUGGUCCCAAAAAGUUGUAUGGGUUCUGGGCAAGAGACAUUGCUAUGGCCGAACUUCAACGAGCAAGACGACCGGGGCGAGAUAUUCAUGUUUGAACUCCGGGAGGGAACGUUUAUUAAGCGCCUCCGGGUCCCAGGGCUCAUGGGUUCGCAAUCAGCACGGGGCCGAUCGAGUGCACUCAGUGCUGCACGGAUCAACGAUCUAGUCUGGCGCGGCAAUGGAGCUUCAGGGGAAGGAAUAGAAAUGUUCUCCGCCCACGGUGACGGGACCAUUCGUACCUGGGUAUCCCGAGAGCCGGACGGAGAGCCAACUGAGGAAGAAGAGGCUGAAAUGGCCGACCGCAAGAGGAAGCGAGAUGUUCUAGAAGAAGUCUACCAGGGGUUCAUUGCCCCUGCACCAUCUAGAGGUUUUACAUGA